AUGGCCCCUCUGCCAGCUAAGCGACGCUUAGCGACCGAAGCUACACCUCUUACCCGAAAAGAUAAACAAGAAGGAGACAUAUCGUCCUCUUUUACGACAUUCUCUGGUCGGAAGGCCGAACCUCUGCCCGAACGAUUUCGGGACCUGAAACACAAGCUCACUGUUGGAUUUGAGGAGCAGAUUCAAAAAUCAUGGGACGAUUUAGUUGAGGUUCUGAAAGUACGGACCGAAGAAGUUGCUACCAAGAGAGAAUCUAUAAUUCCUCAGAUCAAGUUCACGGACAUUCGGGAUGGUACUGUACCUUCAGCCAGCAUCGAUGCUAUUCGACGAACUGGUGUCGCUGUUAUUCGAGGGGUCAUGCCUGAAAACGUCACUCAAUCGCUUCUUUCUGACGUUCGCCAAUAUCUUUCGGCACACAAAUUCAAAGGAUUCCAGUCGAACGCCGACGAAAAGGUUGUCUACGAGUCUUACUGGAGUUCAUCUCAAGUCAAGGCAAGAUCGCAUCCAAACAUGUUUGCCACGCAGUCAUGGAUGAACCAGUUAUAUACUGCUGAUUCUGACCAGAAAAUUGAUUUAACAGUUCCGCUCACAUAUUGUGACCGAGUGCAAAUCCGGCCCCCAGGGGACAAACUAUUCUCGCUUGCCCCUCAUGUUGACGGAGGAGGCAUCGAGAGGUGGGAAGACAAAGCAUAUAAUCACGUUUAUCGUAAGAUUUUCCAAGGAAAGUGGCAAGAGUACGACCCAUGGGAUCUGACCGGCCGGCUUGAUGCAAAUAUGAACAUGUACGAUGGACCAGGAGGAUGCUCAGUUUUCCGAACAUUCCAAGGCUGGCUUGGGUUGUCUCGUCAUGGGCCGAAUGAAGGUGAGUCGGUGGUACGCAAUCGCAUCGAGUAUCGCUAG